GAUAGAUGGUUUUAAGCUGAUAAUAUCUGCACACUGACAUAUAGUUAUGCAGUGAUAAAAAAAAAAAAAAGAAAAGCUAUGAUUACUUAAAACUCAUAUUGCAUUGCAUUCAUGUCCAUAGGUUUGAAGGUAUAGAAUAGCCUAUUACUGAUGAAUAAACAUUAUGGUAUAAAUGUGUAACAUGAAGUGGGGAGAAUGCUCGGGAUCAUGUGUACACACUGUGGUCUGAGAGGAAGACCUGAAGGUGGGCUGUGUGGUAUAGGAACGCGUUUGCUGGAAGAGGAGGAGUAUUGACUUUGUAAUGAAAUGAAAGAAAGAAAUAAUUGGUGAGACUGAUUUGUCGGGAUCCAGCAGACGAGAGGGUGUUACCGUUCGCUGUAAUAUCAAGUUUGAAAACGGGGAUCAGAAAUUUGGCGCCUUCUAGGUUUCGACCUGCACUUGUGACAUUCUUUAAGAUUUCCCCUUUAAAGCAGCAUCAGAGAGAGAGAGGGAGAGAGAGAGAGGGAGAGAGAGAGAGACAGUAGGGUUUUUCCCCCUACUCUCCACUUCACUCCGGUUGGAGCUCGGUCUCUGCGGAUGCGUGCAGUGUUCCUGAAGGCUGUCUGCUUCAGCCUUUUUGUGCUUCUGAGCUCUCGUGGGAAUCUUUAAAUGCUCGAGCUGGGAUCUGCGAAGUUCGCCGCCGGUCUCUGAUGAAGCUUUUCUCUCGCUUUUGAAUGAGGACAAGUUCCACUCGGCCGUGCACGCUGCAGCACGGGCUCGGAAGAAUGACACGAUAGCCUAAUAAGCGGACUUUUGGUGACCGAUCGAUCUUAUCUGCACUGACGGUGGAGGUCAUGAUGUAUUCGCCGAUUUGUCUAACGCAGGACGAGUUCCAUCCGUUUAUCGAGGCACUCCUUCCUCAUGUGCGCUCCAUCGCCUACACUUGGUUCAAUUUGCAGGCCCGCAAGCGCAAGUACUUCAAGAAGCACGAGAAGCGCAUGUCCAAGGACGAGGAGCGCGCCGUGAAGGACGAGCUGCUGAGCGAGAAACCCGAGAUCAAGCAGAAGUGGGCAUCGCGCCUGCUGGCCAAGCUGCGCAAGGACAUCCGGCAGGAGUACCGCGAGGACUUUGUGCUCAGUGUGACAGGCAAGAAGCACCCAUGCUGUGUGCUUUCCAACCCCGACCAGAAGGGAAAAAUCAGACGCAUUGACUGUCUCCGCCAGGCGGAUAAAGUUUGGCGCCUGGACCUGGUGAUGGUGAUCCUGUUCAAAGGCAUCCCGCUGGAGAGCACGGACGGAGAGCGCUUAGUCAAAUCGCCCCACUGCACCAACCAGGCACUCUGUGUCCAGCCGCACCACAUCACAGUGUCAGUGAAGGAGCUCGACCUCUUCCUGGCCUACUAUGUCCAAGAUCAAGACUCACAGCAGUCAGGAAGUCCCAGUAACAAUGAGCCUGGCAAGAACCCUCCAGUUUACUUGGAAGACAGUUUUGUCAAAUCAGGAGUGUUCAGCGUUUCAGAGCUGGUCAGAGUAUCCAGAACUCCUAUCACGCAGGGGGCAGGGGUGAAUUUCACCAUGGCAGACAUGCCCAGCCAACCAUAUUACCAUGACCUGAACUCAGUGAGCUUACACCGCUCAAUCUCCUCCCCUCCUGGCAGUAAGCGACCUAAGACUGUUCCAGAGGACAGCAUGGAGACGAGUCCCACAGGCCCGGACUUCUACUCUUCCCCUAGCUCACCAGUCAGCCGACCAUGGCAUGAGAGAGACCAAGCUGAGAUAUCUUCUCCCACUAUGAAGAAGGCGGAGAAACCGCUGUUUAGCCCCACCUCUCCACAAGACUCCUCCCCCCGCCUGACUACAUUUCCCCAGCAUCAUCACCCAAGCCUGACCAGUGUUGGUCACAGUGUGAUCUCUACGAGGAGUCCUCCCCCUCACUCUCCACUGCAGUUUUCAGCUCCUGCCAUCCUCCCUCCUGCUCCAUCGCCCUACUUCUCCCAUCCCACCAUCCGUUACCCUCCGCACCUCAACCCAGCCGACUCGCUCAAGAACUACGUUCAGCCUUACGAUCCGUCCAGCCCUCAGAGCAGCCAGCCGAACAGCAGCGGUCAGGUGGUGGGGAAGGUUCCAGGCCACUUUACCCCAGUGCUGACACCAUCUCCCCACCAUGGAGCAGUCAGACCCGUGUCUCUGUCCAUGCCGGACACCAAGCCAAUCACCACAUCCUCGGAGGGUUAUUCAGCCCCUGGCACCCCUACCGCUAACCGUUUUGUAGGACUGAGCCCUAGAGACCCAGCCUUCCUUCACCAGCAACAGCUGAGGAUUUGUGACUGGCCCGUGAAUCAAAACGUCAGGUCUUAUGGCUCAGAGGAGGCUUUGGGGAUUUCUUGGCAAAGUCCUGGUACCUGGGCGAGCUUAAUUCCAUUCCAAGUGUCGAACGGGACUCAGAUUCUGCCAACAAAUGUCCAGAAUUACAGCAUAAACAUCAUUGGUGAGCCCCUUCUUCAGGCGGAGACGAGCAACUGAGGGGUGUAAGCGGGGGGGCCAAGCCUUGACUCUGGAGUGACAGGUCCGUGGACAAACCAGCAAGCAGCACUUACACAAUCUCCACUGACUUUUGUCCCUCCCACUGAAGGACUUUGCCCUAGAACAGGAGAGUGGGUUUGGGUCAAAGCUGGCACGAGCCUCUCCAUGCCAGUCAGUCAUUGUGUAAGAAGGCCCCUCAACUGACAUACUGUGAUAUUUACCAUACAAAAUUUUUUUUUUUUUAGAUGCCUUAAUGUUUUGCAUGACAUGCUAGUCUCUUGUAGUGUUUUUUUUUUUUCUUCUCAUUCUUAUGUCACAAUUUCUAGGCUUGGUUUUUGAGCAAGUGUAGAAGGAGAGGCACACAAAGGCUGGCUGGCUGGACUUUAAACAUUUUUUUUUAUAAUGCAGGCUCCAAUUCUGACCUAUCAAAGAAGGCUCAACCCACAUCAUUACAUGUCCAUAGGAACAAAACUCAGCAAUUAAGACUUUUUUGUUUUUGUUUGCCUUCAAAAUUUCUUUUUUUUUUUUCCAUGUUGAAAAGGCACCUUUUGGUAUCUGUAAUCUUGUCAAUCUUGGAUUUGUAUUUCCUUUAGAGCUAAAGGUUAAUAUCUACUCUUAAGAGUUAAGAACUCUGAAUUUUUUAUAGUGAAAACAAAAAGACCUGUAUUACUAGGUGAAAAAACAUCCCCAGUGAAUUUUCUUGAUGUAUCCUUUACAAAGGAUUUACAAAAAAUGGACAAAAAAAGAAGAAGAAGAAAAUAUCUCAUAUGAGGCAAGUGCAAUUCAAAUGAUUUCUUUUUUAACUGAAGGGAAGCUAUCAUAGUCUGUCUGCCCUAGGACUCUAAAGGAAGGGGGAGUAACUGUUUUAAGUUCACUUUUAAAUGAGAAAAAAAUUAAUUGCAUCCUCAAAUAUGAACACGGUGGAAAGUUGAGAGUGGGGAAGUGUCAUUGACAGUAAACGUUUACCUGAGCAGAACUGAACACGAACAAAACAGCACUUAUCUUGAGCCGUACCCAAGUACUCGGGUAGUUUUUUGUUUUUUUUUCCUCUUUAAUUUAUUAUGUAAAAUGACAAACAGAAACUUAAAAAGGCGAAAAGACACAAACACACGGCGUGUAUAAAAUGGCUUAUUGUUUGUUAUGUAAUCCCUACCUAUCUAGUGUGCAUUUUCAUUUGGGCCAUUAGCUUAUAAAGCUACUGUUUACAUUGUGAUAUUACAAGAAACACGAGGAACGCAGGCUGGUGAAGUAAUUUAAGAGAAAAUGUGUGUGCGCGCAUGUUUGUGUGUAUGUGUGGGUGUUUGUUAUGUGUUAAAUCUGCACUCAGUUAAACACUAACCUGCAGGGUGAGGCUAGGUCUCAUGGUGCUUCUUUUAUGCCCAGUCUGGUGAAGCUCGAGAGUUGUAGUCCCGUAAAUCUCCAAUUGUUCAUGACAGUCCCAAUGCCAUCGCCUCUCCAAUCAGAUAUAUUUAUAUAAGUAAUCUUUCCAAUAAUCUUAAUUUGCACGAAUAUAUAUAGUCCACAUUACGUGCCUUGCCUUUGAAUAUAGAAAACAUCACUACACUUGUUUUUGCUGCAUUUAUUACCGAUUUAGAAAAAAAAAUUAACAUUUUUAUGAUAAGAAAUAUUUUGUACUCUGGAUGAAAUUGUGUCAUUGUUGAUUUUUAGCUUCAUUUACUACUUUCGCUCACAUUUACAGUGCAUAUCAAGGCUGUGUAUAGUUGCUGUUCUAAAGUUUAUAAUCAAACAGCAUUAUUUUUCAGUAUUUUGGUGUUGUUGGUUUUUUUUUUUUUUCCAUCUUCCAGUCAUUAUCGGGGAGGGAGGGGUCCAGAAUUAUAAGAAUUAUGCAAUACCAAGUUUUGCCUAUGUAGGUAGUGCUUUUAGCUAUGUCGAUUAGAAGCUAGUAUGGAGAUACAACUAGUGUAAACAUUUAUUUUGUUGAUGUUAUCAUUGUUAAUGUUGUUGUUGAUGUUGUUGUUACUUUCCGUUUUUUUUUUUUUUAAUUGACCAAAGUGGGAACUGCUUUCUAUGCAGUGUGUGACAAGGUCUUUGUUUUUUUUUUUUUUUUCCUUGAGUGUAUUGAAAGAUGGAGAGGCGCAUGCGAGGAUAGUUUUGUUUCGUUUUCUCUGUGAAUGGAGUAAUUAUUUUUUCGUCUACACUUUGUAGCAUGCAUCGUUCGGUCUAAUACGGCUGCAAAGUCACUGGUCUGCUUACUGUGACUAACCGACUAUUUUUUUUUUCUUUUACUUCACACUGGGGUGCUAGCAUGACUCCUGGAAAUGGCUCAUUUUCAGAGGAGAGAAAGCUUGACUUGAGACUGACAAUCAUCAAGGAAAUUUCGAGAAUUAGAUUUCAAACGGACACGUUUCCGUGUACAAAGUUACAUUGAGCGGAAUCAAAUUCAUCCCCAGCUCAGAUUUUUCAUCCAACGAGGACUAUGGACAUUAUCCAACACUCUGCAUAAUUGCCUGUGAACUCACUCUGUCCACUCACAGCAUCUUUUAAACCACAUUUAACUGCCGGUACUCUAACUUGAAAGCUGUGAAGACGAUUCUUCAGCAUUUGGUUCUGCAUAUUAUCAGUAGCAAUAUGCAAGUACAAAAGUAGAUGCCUUAAAUUUUUAUGAAAAAAAAAAAAAAGUGACUUGUUAUGAAAUGCAUUACAAUCACCACGCUAUAAUUGCGUGUUAAAUCUUUUUACAAUCAGAAAAGAAAUUGUUUUCUUUUAUCCUGGAGAUAAAUUCCAGGUUUAGCCUUAUGAGGAUGUCAGGCAGGUUCGGGGACACAGUAUGAACUCAUGAACUGUUUUAUAUUCUACUUGUGAUGAACUACAGACUUCAGAGGAAGGGCCUUAUGCAGUCUCCAUUCGGUCUCGAGGACCACUGCGAUUUAAACGCUGAGCACUUAUACAGCAUCUAGGCAAUCAUCCACCUCCAGUGCCCUUUCAAAUGAACUAUUUCACGAACAGUAACUCAGGCAUAAUGCGUCACAGAGCAUUAUAUCGCUAUCACUCAUUGGAUUUACUCUUUGUAUUGUACAACAUAUCUUUCAGCAUUUCUGCUGUUUUCGUACUUCUACUUGUUCUUCUACAGCAGACCUGAAAUCAUUACAGAUCUUUGUCUAACCAUGUCCUCAAAAAAAAAAAAAAAAUGUAAAAAAAAAAUAAAAUUUUUUUUUUGUUUGGAUAGAAAAACUCAAGUCAAGCUCAUUCUUUCCUCCUUCACAAACGUGCUUGUUCUUAUUGUGGGGGUGGGGGGAAUGAACAAAAUGAAGCCACCCCAUUUUACGUGCACUGCUGUCCCUGUUUUGUUUUUUCUUUAUCCUUAUCACAUUUGAGAAAGUCGAAGUGCUUUGCAGCCGUUUGGACAUUAGCCGUGCCACUGAAGUGCAUUUCCCCCAGACUGAUGGCAGUGUAUUGUUUGUAGGCGUGUUUAAAACAGUGAAGACGGCUGUAGCUGUGGGUCACUGUGUUGGCCAUACUGAUGGGAUUAGUCUCUGGUAGUCCUCAGUGGAUAGGAUCUGCUCUGGCAGCUCUGUAAAACCAUGUUUGUCAGUGCGAGUGUGUGGCAGAGUGCGUGACGCUGACACUGCAAGAGCAAACGACGAGCAAACGAGCGUCUUUUUUUUUUUUUUUUUUUUAAAUUCAACUGCCUGCCUUCUGGACAAAAGUUUGUACACUGUAAUAAUGUUUUUCUUUACCCUUGCUUUUGAAAGAGCAAAUGUUUUCGACAUAUAAAUGAAUUUGCCGCCCCUUCUUUUGAAAUUGUACAAAUAAGCCCACAUCAUUUUGAAAAAUCAAAUUUUUAGAACUUUUUAAGACUAUGAAUCGUUGAAUUGUAAAUGUAAAGUAAAAUGUUUUUGUUUGUUUGUUUGUUUGGUUGGUUGGUUGGUUGGUUGUUUUUUUCCCCUUUGGUUAGAGUGAGACCUAGAGUUUGCGAUGUGAAUAUGUGUCAUAAAAAAAAAAAAAAAAAAACAAUAGGAAAAGAAUUCAUGAUUAAAUUCAUGUUGUGAAGGGUAAUAUUUUGUUCUCUCAAAAUAAUUAUAAAAGGCACCUGAUUUGAGUUGGUCAUCAGUGAGUCCUAGCACUAGUCAUAGCAAUAGUCUCGUAGUCCGUAGUGGUUAAAUGUUGCUCUGCUAGCUGGGUUGUUUGUGUUGGUGCGAGUGUGUGCCAGGGUGUGUGUCUGGCCGACUCUGACUCCACGCAGUAAGGAAAAAUGAGGGUCUUUCUAUUCAAAUGCUUGCCUUGUAGACAAAAGUUUGUACACUGUAUUUUUUUUUCUCUUUACCCAUAUUUGUAAAAAGCUAAAUUUAUACACUUAACAAAUUUGCUUAAUAUGAAUUUUUAUUGUAAAAACAAACAAAAAAAACAACAACAACACAAAGGCUACAACAAUACUGUUUGGAAUCUGGACUCGAGGUACAACUCUAGCUGCCCGUAUGAAUCAGAAUGAGUUUUAAUUCAAUUUGUUGUACUUUGUCGUGGAGGUCAAUUCCUACGUUGGCGUGUAAAUGUUUAAAAGUAAAUGAUGAAGGUCAUUUUGUUGUGCUUCAUGUAGAUUAACCUGGCGUGUUGUUUCUGUUAGAGUGGAUCUCGAUUGUGUGACUUGAUUAUGCGACAGCGGAAAUGAGGAGAGAGAAAAAAAGAAAAGGAAAUAACGGUUUUGCUGAUUAGGGCCAAAUAGGGAAAUCGUCAUCCCUUUAAAAAGGCACCUGAUUCCAGUCUGUUGUCAGUGUCAUCCACAUCCACGAUACAGUGAAUCAUUUGGUUUCUGACGAGACCUUAGAACUUUUCUAUCACAUACCAAGCUGAAGCUGACAUUUAAGCAUGUUCGUUUCACAGUAUUUAUGUGUUCACUGUGGGCUGUGACUGCUAUGUUAAGUAACGUUAAUCACUUCAUCGUGUAGUUAGGAUAAGGUCAGUACUGGGAGAAUCCUAACUCCCAGGAGCCUUUGUGCAUCCCCACAGAUACCCGUGUAUGUCGUUAGCACAGAGGAGAGUUUGGCAAACAGCUGAGCAUUUGCACUUUGCGCAGUUCCCACUAGCCCUCUCAUUGGAGCCUUGUUGUUUUUUGGUGUAUGGUUUUGCGUGUAUCAUCAGAUUUCAAGCCUGUAUACUUCCAUCUAAUUUCACUGAUUGUGUCGCUCACCACAGCACACAGUGUUAUGAGGCUUAUGAGAGGAGUUCUGGUCAAUUUCUACCUUUUUGUGUCUCAAUAGUGAUUUUUAGAUUUGUUUUUCAUUCCUUUUCAAAGGGCUGAUUGUUAUUAUUAUUACGAUUUUUUUUUUAAUCAGUUUGUUGUCAAGAAGUUAGAUUUUUCAUAGCGUUACAUGUAUUACAUUAUAUGAGACGAUGGCCUGGUUAAAGUUAAGUAUUACAUGUAGAGUUAGUUAUGAAAGCCAUGCUCAUGGACACUGAGAAGGCCACAAGUAUUUUCCUUAUGCAAGGAGGUGCUAAUGGCGCUCGCGCAAUAUCUUUAUUUAGUUCACCUGAAUAUGGAUUUACCACAGGGAAAGGCAGGAGAACCUUUCAGUCCAUUUCUUCAGUUCUGUUUUCCAAGGGCAUUUCCAAUGGCAUGAAUGAACAUCAGGUAGACAUAAACAGGAACAUAUUAAAAACCAGCAUAUUUUGAGAUGUUUACCAAAAAAAUAAAAAAAGACAAAAAAAUAUAUACAGUAUAUAUAUAUGUUAAGCAGUGCCUGUUCCAGCUCACAGUCUCAGUGGACUUCACAUUGUACAUAAAAAAAAACAAAAAACAACACUGAUUGAAAUUUCUUUGGGAAAAAUUAGAAAUGUAGAAAAAAAAAAAAAAAAACAGUCGAAACAGAAUGUGUGGGUUGCUUCUUCCUGUAUUUUUAUCUUAUUGUUUUUAUUUUUGUCCCCCCCAGGUUUUAUGUGAUGUGUCCAUUUUAAGUGUUUUCGUGCUCUGUUCAUUUUUGAAUAUUUUAGUCCUAUUGAAUGGAGUGCCCUGGUCUCUCGAUAUUUCUUUGAUGAGAUUAAAUAAAUAGUCGGGCAGUGUGUUUCUUUAGAUUGUCAAUGCUACACUUAGAACUACAGUAGAUAAAAAAAAAAGAAAAAAAAAAAAGAUGCUUGCCAGCUCCACAGCAGGGUUGAUUUCUUUCAGGUCUUGUGGCACUUUUACACCCUUUUCAAAAUGGCGUGUUUUUUUUUUUUUUUUUUUUUUUUUGAGCCAUGCAUUUGUAACAUGACAUCAACAACACUAACAAAGGUUUUUAAGGUUGUAUCAGCCUUUAGUGAAUGUAGUAACACCACAGAUGUAUGCAAAAGGCAAUGUAAAUUCCUGAAUGUACAUCAUAGAAUACUUUAAAGACUUGUUUUAUUCACCGUUCGGGAAAUGCAGGUAUCCUUCAAGAGACUGUACAGUGAAGAUCUUGGUUUUUUUUUUUUUUUUUUUUGCUUUUGUUUUUUCCCCAGUUUUCACAGCUAAAUGGUAGGCAUUGCCUUUAAGCUAGCUGCAUUUGAUGUAGGGGAUAAAAUUGCCACAAGAUUAAAAAUGAGUGUAAAUAAUGCUUGACUUUUUUGUGAUUGUUACUGUUAUAUCCAGCCUAUACUGCUAGCAGCUGUUUUUACUGCAGUCAAUUACUGGAAGUGGAUAUAUUUCCUAUGCAAAACUGUUUAAACAAUAAAACGAGCUAUGCUACAA